CCUUUUAUAUCUCAUUGUGUGCUGUCACGAUUGAUUACUUCGUCGUUGUUUAGCUUCUGCUCAAACCCUAAUUCAGCUUUUCUCCACAAUUUACUUCAUCAGUGUGUUCUACUAAUCCACGACCAUAUUUGGAAUCGCACGAUUCUGGUUAAUUUAUUGAUGCAAAGAUGCAAGCUUAGUAUCGGAUUGCGAUAUCGUUUUAUGAUGCGGAAUUAGGUCUUUCAGAGUUCAGACCGUUUGCCGAUUGUGAUAUUAUGAAUCUUCGAACAUAGAAAUUAAAAAAUAGAAAUGGCAGCUAAGCCCCUAACUAGUGAGGCAAUCGCUCUUACAGAGAAGAAAGUGGAUAUGUCUUUGGAUGACAUCAUCAAAAUGUCGAAGACUCGUGGUAUGAAGCCGAACAAACAAAGAGUCUCUAAUAAGGGUCAGAAAUCAUUCAACAAUGCUUCCCAAGAUAAAGGUUUGAAAGUCAAAAGGUUUAUGGACACAAGAACUUCCCUCAGACAGGGUGCUCUUGCUAAAAGGAGGUCAAACUUUCAAGGAAAUCAGUUCCCUUUGGCAACUGAGGCUGCUAAAAAGGCUUCUGUUGCUCCUAUUCGCAAUAAAGCUUCUAAUCGGUUUAGGCCAUUGAAUGUUAAUAAAUCAAGGGCAGCGGCCUCAACUUUCCAGAAGAACGCUGUAGCAAGAGUUGGCUUUGUUGUGAAGAAACCACUACAACAAUCCGCACAGCAAGCCUCUCUAGGCACCAAACAGAAGCCUCGGACCUUGGACGCGCUAUUUGGUAACAUGAAACAAGAAAGAAUGAGGGUCUUGUCACAACAGGAUAACGAGUCAAGAAGAAACGGAAGGAGCCAGCACGGAGUGCCGUGGGCGAGAGGAUAUAACCAAAACUUGUAGCUCCUCCGGUUUAGAUUGCUUUUGAGAAGUGUAGUUAGCUUUGCAUGUUGUUGUCCCUGUCAAGCUAAACGCUCUUACUCGUUGACUGGGAUAGCUAUAUAAAACUAUAAAUAUACUAAAGCAGAGCAGUCUUCUCCAAAAA